CUGAGGAGACGCGGGCCUGGAAAGGACCACAAAGGAAACCUCCCCAGUCAAGUGCGCAGCUCGGGCAACCAACCAGACGGAGCUCGCUCGCUCGCUCGCCCGCCGGGCAAAGUGCUUCCUCCUCCUCCUCCUCGCAGCCCAGGUCAGGUCGAUGUUCGGCCCGCCAUACUCCUGCCCCGCGCCUGGCCACCAUGAACUCUCAGCUGGCAAUGGAGAGCCUGGGCGAGCUGCACGGGGUGAGCCAUGAGUCGGUGCUGGCCGGAGCCGACUUGCUGAGCAGCGGCCCGCACUCCCGCAGCUCGGGGGCCCAGCGAGGCGCCGCCUUGGGUGCUCGCACCAUGGGCAUGGCCGCCCUGCUGGACGGCGCGGACUAUCCCCACCAUCACCACCACCCCCACCACCACCCGGCGCACCACCCGGCGCACCACCCCCACCGGAGCCCCGCGGAGCCCUCCUCGCUGGCUGGGCCGCUGCACCCCACCAUGACCAUGGCGUGCGAGACCCCGCCUGGACUGGGCAUGAGCGGCACCUACACCACCCUGACGCCCCUGCAGCCGCUGCCCCCCAUCUCCACCGUGGCUGACAAAUUCCCGCACCACCCCCACCACCCCCACCAGCGGCUGGCAGGCAACGUGAGCGGCAGCUUCACCCUCCUGCGGGACGAGCGAGCGGGCCUGGCCGCCUCUAUGAACAACUUGUACACGCCCUACCACAAGGAGGUGCCCGGCAUGGGGCAGAGCCUCUCCCCGCUCUCGGGCCCGGGCUUGGGAGGGCUCCAUAACGGCCAGCAGGGGCUGCCGCACUACGCCCACCCGGGGGCCGCCAUGCCGGCCGAGAAGAUGCUGACUCCCAACGGCUUCGAAACCCACCACCCCACCCUGCUGGCCCGGCCCGGGGACCAGCACCUCUCCGCCCCCUCCACCGGCAGCAUGGGACCUCUCAGCGGGAUCUCGCACGCCCACCUGAGCGCUCAGGGCCAGGGGUCACUGCUGGGCUCAGCCAGGGAGCCAAAUCCUGCCGCGGGCGCCACAGCCUCGCAGAUCGCGGCGGGCGGGAGCGCCUCAGGACAGCUGGAGGAGAUCAACACCAAGGAGGUGGCCCAGCGCAUCACCACCGAGCUGAAGCGCUACAGCAUCCCGCAGGCCAUCUUCGCCCAGAGGGUCCUGUGCCGCUCCCAGGGGACCCUCUCGGACCUUCUGCGCAACCCCAAGCCCUGGAGCAAACUCAAGUCCGGCCGCGAGACCUUUCGCAGGAUGUGGAAGUGGCUGCAGGAGCCCGAGUUCCAGCGGAUGUCGGCGCUGAGGCUGGCAGCUUGCAAACGGAAAGAGCAAGAACAUGGGAAGGAGCGAGGAAACACUCCCAAAAAGCCCAGGCUGGUCUUCACGGAUGUCCAGCGUCGAACUCUGCACGCAAUAUUCAAGGAAAAUAAGCGCCCUUCCAAAGAACUGCAAAUCACCAUUUCACAGCAGUUGGCUCUGGAGCUGAGCACAGUCAGCAACUUUUUCAUGAAUGCACGGAGGAGGAGUCUGGAUAAAUGGCAAGAAGAGGGCAGCUCCAAUUCAGGCAACUCCUCCUCCUCCUCCUCUUCAUCAUCAUCAAGCACUUGUACCAAAGCAUAAGGAACUGGCCACAAACUGAACCUCGGUGGAAAAGCUUUAAAAAUAAAUAAACAAAUGAAUAGGGCCUCAAGAAAGCAGGUUUAUAUGUGAAACAGUUUUUAAAAUGUUAUUUAUAAAUCCAAAGAAACCAAAGACCUAUUUGACCAGAUUAAGACCUUGCUCGAAGAAACAAAUGUUAGAAGGAUGACGACUUGCAACACAGAGACUAAAAAGGAAUCAAGAACCAACUACUUGCAUUAUACCUUCAUCCAGGAUCUUCUCUUCCCCCACACAUGGCUGGUUAGUGGUUUGGUGUGCCACGAGUCCUUGUUUCCAAGGAACAUAUUUUCAGAUGUGGCCCUUCAGCUCCACAGCAAUGCUACAGAAGUGGGUGGUGUAAGCAGCAUUCCUGUGGACACAUCAGUGGUGAGAAUUGUAUCCAGGGCUGGUCUUCAGAAAGUAGGACCAUCAUAGCAUUGAGUCGUCUGAGUUCAUUUUAACAGUUGUGUGAUUAUGUUCUUUUAAUUGCUUGAACUUUGCCAGCGCAUACCUGGCACAAGUUCAAAUAAGACAAAGAAAUAUUGAAUGUUUCCUAAACCAGUUGCAUUCUCUUUGUUUGUUAAGGAAAAUAUUCAGUCAUAUUCUCUCUCUCUCUCUCUCUCUCUCUCUCUCUCUCUCUCUCUCUCUCUCACACACACACACACAAUUCCUUUGCAAAAAAUAUCAAGUAGUUACCAAAGAACACAUUUAGUAUCUUACUGAGGUAUUUUGUUGCAAUGAUUUUAAUACAACCAAAGCUAUUUUUUACACAAAAUUCCAUUUUGAGCUGCCAGGAUAAUGAACUGAUUAUAUAAGAUGACCGUAAACAAGAGGGUGACUCCAACUGAGCACUUAUCUCAUUAAUUCCCAGAACUAGUAAGGAACAGUUAUGUGCAGUGAUUGUGGUGGCCACGCGCUGCACCCCUGAGCAAACUGACUUCAAUGGAAGGCCCUCUACGUUCUUGGGCAUUUAUUCCCUAGCAAGUACGUUUUGGGAUGACAGAGCCGGUUCCAGAUUUGAUAGGGCCUUCUACAAAGGACCCUCCAUGGGCUCCAUGAAUCAGUGUAAGACACUGGCUGACACACAGAGCGAGAGAGCAGCCCUGUAGAACUUCCUAACUAACUGCCCCAGUGCAGCAGAGAA